AUGAGAUUGGACCUGCGGCGUGCCUACAGUUUGUUGAAGAACCGGGCCCAGUGGAGCUGCUCGAUGGCUGACGGCACCAGCGGGAGAGGGUCGAACCUGACUAAUGGAGUUAUGGAGAAGCUGGGCAUGGGUCCAGAGGAGAUACUGAAGGAGAACCCUCGUCUGAUCUACUCAUGCCUCACUGGCUACGGCUUGAGUGGAGCCAAGGCUGCUGGCCAUGACAUCAACUACCUCGUCAUGUCAGGCUUGUUCUCCAUGUUGGGCCGGAGCCAUGAGAAGCCCUACGCUCCUCUGAACCUGGUGGCAGACCUUGCGGGCGAGGGUCUGACGUGUGCCUUCGGGGUGGUCCUGGUCCUGCUGGAGAGGACCAGGUUGGGCAGAGGGCAGGUCAUUGAUGCCAGCAUGGAGAGGGCCUCCUUCCACAGGGACGCCCAGCGAGAGGUGACCCCGAGCCCCGCACCUGUCCUGUCCUGUCCCGCACCCCUGCUGACCCCUGCCUGGCCCGGGACACCUUCAUAG